UGGCGGUGAAUGAAGUCCAGGAUGAGCACAGUAGGUUAACACCAAUACCAUCCUCCCUGUCUUGACCUAUCUCACCCUCAUUACUGUGAAGUAAUUCAAUCCCAAUCCCAUUUUUGUUUAUUUUUAUCCCUCCACAAACCACAAAAAUAAACUCUCUCUCUCUCUCUCUCUCACUGCUUCCCCACAAAGUUAACAAAACAAGAAAAAGAAAAAAGAAAACAAUAGAAGGGUAGAGACUCACAUGCCUUCUUCAGGGUUUCCUCCCUCUUCUCUCAUAUUUGCCCACCCGAAUUCUCUGCUUCUUUCCCUCAAUUUUGUGUAUCUUCUAUAACAUGUUGAAGCUUCAUUGACCCUUUAUUGAAUGCAGUUACCUUAUGAAAAGCUAACUGAUUUAAUCUACCAAAAAGCUUCAAUCUUUCAGGGUUUACUCUUAAAAACUCAAAUAAGUCCCAGCAACCCAGGUUUGAUUAGCCAUUGAUUUUAUUGCCUAUAGUGCAUUCAUGACCUUAAUGAUUAUUGGGUUCUCGGUUUUGCUGGUGUUGGGAUAUUGUAGACUACAAAAUUUCUAUCUUUUCUGAUUUGUAUAAGCAAUUCAGCAUUAUGCAUUUACUUGUUUGUGGACUAAAUUUCCGAAGUGAGAAAUUGGUGCUUUUGUGCUUUGAAUAUCAAGUUUAAAGGAUUUAUAUCAAUGGGUUCUCGCCUGUUUCUUCAAUACUUAUAGGGUUGAGGUGUGUGACUUGAUCGAGAUAUGAAUCGUAGGGUGCGGCAGAAAGUGGCGAAGAAGAGUAAGGAAAAGGUGGAAUUACCUAGUAACCCUGAAAUUGGAGAUGCGGGUUUGUGUCCUGAUAGUAACGAGGAUGUUGAUUGGACUAGCUUGCCAGAUGAUACUGUGAUUCAGUUAUUUUCCUGUUUGAAUUAUCGUGACCGCGCAAGCUUGUCAUCGACGUGCAAGACAUGGAGGGUUUUAGGUCUUUCUUCGUGCUUGUGGAUUUCAUUGGAUCUUCGCGCCCACAAAUGCGAUCCUGGAAUGGCGGUUUCACUUGCUUCUAGGUGUGUGAAUCUUCAGAAGAUUCGGUUUCGUGGAGCAGAGUCUGCUGAUGCAAUAAUACAUCUUCAAGCAAGGAAUUUACGUGAAAUAAGUGGUGAUUACUGUAGGAAAAUAACAGAUGCAACUCUUUCUAUGAUUGUUGCUCGGCAUGAGGCCCUUGAAACCCUCCAACUUGGACCAGACUUCUGUGAGAAGGUAAGUAGUGAUGCUAUUAAAGCAAUAGCCUUUUGCUGUCCCAAACUAAAGAAACUUCGGCUCUCUGGAUUAAGGGAUGUCUCUGCUGAUGUCAUCAAUGCAUUAGCUAAGCAUUGUCCAAAUCUGAUUGAUAUUGGGUUCUUGGACUGUCUAAAGGUUGAUGAGGCAGCAUUGGGGAAUGUAGUAUCUGUUCAUUUCCUCUCAGUUGCUGGGACAUCAAAUAUGAAGUGGGGCGUGGUCUCACAUCUUUGGCAUAAGCUGCCUAAAUUGAUCGGGUUGGAUGUUUCAAGAACUGAUAUUGAUCCAAGUGCAGUUUCUAGACUAUUAUCAUUAUCACCUAGCUUGAAGGUUUUGUGUGCAAUGAAUUGCCCAGUUCUUGAAGAAGACAGUACCUUUAGUGUGAAUAAAUACAAAGGAAAAUUGUUACUUGCCCUUUUCAAUGACAUUUUUAAAGGACUAGCUUCUUUAUUUGCCGAUACUACAAAGAUGGGGAAAAAUGUUCUUUUGGAGUGGAGGAAUUUAAAGACCAAGGACAAGAACGUCAAUGAAAUCAUGAAUUGGCUUGAAUGGAUUCUAUCCCAUACCCUUUUGCGUACUGCUGAGAGCAAUCCACAAGGUUUGGAUGUUUUCUGGCUCAAGCUAGGCGCACCAAUAUUACUCAGUUUAAUGCAGAGCUCACAGGAAGAAGUUCAAGAAAGGGCGGCCACAGGACUUGCAACGUUUGUGGUCAUUGAUGAUGAAAAUGCUAGCAUUGAUUGUGGAAGGGCCGAGGCAGUUAUGCGAGAUGGUGGCAUACGUCUUCUUCUAAACCUUGCAAAAUCUUGGAGGGAAGGUCUUCAGUCAGAGGCUGCUAAGGCAAUAGCAAACUUGUCCGUGAAUGCAAAUGUAGCAAAAGCUGUUGCAGAAGAAGGAGGAAUUGAAAUCCUUGCCGGGCUGGCAAGGUCCAUGAACAGGCUGGUUGCUGAAGAGGCUGCUGGAGGGCUUUGGAAUCUUUCAGUCGGAGAAGAGCACAAGGGUGCCAUUGCUGAGGCUGGUGGUGUCAAAGCUCUGGUUGACCUUAUAUUCAAAUGGUCCUCUGGUAGUGAUGGAGUUCUGGAACGUGCAGCCGGUGCUUUGGCAAAUUUGGCAGCUGAUGACAAGUGUAGCAUGGAGGUUGCACUGGCAGGUGGUGUGCAUGCUUUGGUGAUGCUUGCUCGAAAUUGCAAGUUUGAGGGAGUACAAGAGCAGGCUGCUCGUGCGUUAGCUAACUUGGCUGCUCAUGGAGAUAGCAAUUCUAACAAUGCUGCUGUUGGACAAGAAGCAGGCGCUCUUGAAGCCCUUGUUCAACUCACACGUUCGCUCCAUGAAGGUGUCAGGCAGGAAGCUGCUGGUGCAUUAUGGAACUUGUCAUUCGAUGACAGAAACCGAGAAGCAAUUGCAGCAGCUGGUGGUGUUGAGGCCUUGGUCGCCCUUGCACAAUCUUGUGCAAAUGCCUCUCCAGGUCUUCAAGAGAGGGCUGCUGGAGCUCUCUGGGGAUUGUCAGUGUCAGAAGCCAACAGCAUUGCUAUUGGACAAGAAGGAGGUGUGGCGCCUCUGAUUGCUCUGGCACGCUCUGAGGCUGAGGAUGUUCAUGAAACUGCUGCAGGAGCUCUCUGGAAUCUUGCUUUUAAUCCAGGUAAUGCUCUUCGUAUAGUGGAAGAAGGGGGGGUUCCUGCGCUUGUUGAUCUAUGUUCUUCAUCAGUAUCAAAAAUGGCUCGCUUCAUGGCUGCAUUAGCAUUGGCCUAUAUGUUUGAUGGGAGAAUGGAUGAAUUUGCAUUAAUAGGAACUUCAACAGAAAGCAUUUCAAAGAGCGUGAAUUUAGAUGGAGCUAGAAGGAUGGCUUUGAAGCACAUUGAGGCCUUUGUCCUUACAUUUACUGACCAGCAAGCAUUUGCCACUGCUGCUGCAUCAUCAGCUCCAGCAGCAUUAGCACAAGUAACGGAGAGAGCUCGUAUUCAAGAAGCAGGACAUCUGCGAUGCAGGUGCCUCUCUGUCUCAUGCACUAACAUUGGAGCUGAAAUUGGAAGAUUUGUUGCCAUGCUACGGAAUCCUUCUUCUAUACUAAAGGCGUGUGCUGCAUUCGCUCUUCUCCAGUUUACCAUUCCUGGUGGACGCCAUGCUUUGCACCAUGCGAGUCUCAUGCAGAGUGCUGGAGCUGCACGGGUCCUGCGAGCUGCAGCUGCUGCAGCAACUGCACCACUUGAAGCCAAAAUCUUUGCAAGAAUUGUGCUGCGCAAUCUUGAGUUCCACCAUAUAGAAUCUUCAAUAUGAAGGCAGUCUUAGUUUAGCUGAUGGAAGCUAACAGACAUUGAGUUCCAAGCUUCCUUUCUUACCCAUGGAAUAGAAUGCAGUCUGCUUAGUAUAAUUCUCUUUCUUUCCCUGCAUUUUUUUUUAGGUAUUUAGAGGUGGUUUAGUUGAGUUUCAGUGAUUUUUGUCCCCCUAUGCAACAAUUCCUUGUAGUUAUAUUGUAAGCACUUUUGGCUGGGGUUUGAUCUACAAACAAGUACAUAAACAUUUUUUUCUCCAAUAGUAUUCAUAGCGACAUAUUUUCCAUA